AUGUGUGGCGAUUGCUCUUCGGAGCAUGUACUUCAUAAGUUAAAUCGUGACCACAAACUGUUUCCUGUCGACCAGUUUGACAGCGACGAAUACGCGAAAGAGCUGCAUGCCCGACAAAACGUCCUUUGUGACCACAACAACAAGGACCCCGUAGAAAUAUUCUGCUCAGUGUGUAAAAAGUACAUCUGCGCCACUUGCAUGUUUUUGGAACACAAAGAGCAUGAUUGCCUAAGAUUAAAAUCUGCUGCCGUCAAACGCAAGGAAAAACUAGAACUCCACGUGAGGUCCAUCGAAAAGAGAAGUCUACUCUACGAUCAGAUCAAAACCGCUGCUGUAGACCAGAAAACAGCAGUAGAGCAGGAAAGAAUGAAGUCAAAGAGUCAAGUUAACAAGCAGUUGGAGCUAGUUAUUAAGAUGGCCCGUCAACGUGCCGGGGAUCUUCUGGAAGAAAUAGAUACCAUGUCGAAUGCCAAACUAGAGGUUUUAAAUACUUUAUUUGCAACUGCUACAACCGAACAAAACCAACUGAACGACGUUGUCGACUUCUCGAGAAAGCUUAUAAACCAUGGGAACGAUAAGGAUGUCCUGCAAAUGGUGGCCGCCUGUGAGCAAAGCAAUGAGGGCGCCCUGCAGUCCCUCGACAUCCCGAAACUGCCAGCAGCUUUGACCCAGCUACAGCUUAUCACCCAGGACAUGGAGGAGUGCGUUACCAAUAUCAACAGUUGCUUUGGAGACGUGGUUCCUGCUGCGAGUGGAAGACUAGUGAGAUCAAUCAAAGUAGAACUUACUAUGUCUCCUAAGGAAUUUAUCAAUCACGUCACCACUGGUGCAAAUGGUGACACCCUCAUUGGAAUUUGGUGUAAUGAGGACAAAUCACGGAAUAGAAUCCACAUCUACGAUACCACCUUCGCCCUACAGGGCACAAUUCCAAACCCAAGAGCAGUAAAAAAUAACGCAUUUGGUGGGAUUGCCAUUGAUGAUGAUGGUAACAUCGUCACUAGCUGUCAAACGUCAAAUGAAAUCAUCGUCUACACCAAGAGAGGGAACAAGGUAAGGAACUUCCGCAGUAAGUCACCAGAAGCAGUAGCGGUUAACAGCAAGGGUCACUAUGUAGUGGCAGGUCGUUAUACUCUGACUGUGCACCACAAGGAUGGCAAAAUCCUUCAGACGACAUCAGACCCAGGGGGUAAAUAUCAGAAAUACAUCCACUGUAACGUGAAUGAUGACGUCAUCGUCACAGGAGAUCGCAUGCGUGUAUACGAUUCCACUCUCCAGCUUAAAUACAGAUAUGGUACCCAGGGUGAUGGGGACGAACAGGUGAACAUUCCACUCGGCACAUGCUGCUUGGAUAAUGGAGACAUAAUUCUAACCGACUUCGGGAACAAUCGUCUACACCUGGUGUCACCGGAUGGGAAAUUGAAAUGUUUUCUUUUAAGCAAAGAAAAUGGACUACACCAACCGAAAGAUGUUGCUAUAAACCAUCUUGGAAAACUGGUGGUUGCGGAAAAAGAAGGCGUGAUUAAAUCAUUUGAAUUAUGA